CCAAAAGCUGGUUUUGAGCCAGAUACAGCAUCACUCAGAGAGAAAGUCAUUUUAAAUCCGGGCGAAAAAUGGCGCAUUUUGAAAAAUAUCUCCAUCAUAUCAUUUGCAUUCAUGGUACAAUUCACAGCGUUUCAGGGCACAGCCAAUUUACAGUCCUCGAUUAAUGCCGAAGAUGGCUUAGGCACUGUAUCGUUGAGCGCCAUUUAUGCGGCGCUUGUCGUCUCAUGCAUCUUCCUACCCACACUUAUUAUACGCAAAUUGACUGUAAAGUGGACGCUGGUCUUCAGUAUGCUGUGCUAUGCGCCGUACAUCGCCUUCCAAUUGUUCCCAAAGUUUUACACAUUGGUUCCUGCUGGUAUUCUAGUCGGUUUGGGUGCCGCUCCUAUGUGGGCAUCUAAGGCCACCUAUUUGACUCAGGUCGGUCAAGUGUAUGCGAAGAUAACCGAACAGGCGGUGGAUGCAAUUAUUGUGCGAUUCUUCGGUUUCUUCUUCUUGGCUUGGCAAACAGCCGAAUUGUGGGGAAAUCUGAUUUCGAGUUUGGUGCUUUCGAGCGGAGCUCAUGGCAGUGGCGGUGACAGCAAUACCACCACCUCUGAAGAUUCUCUGAAACACUGCGGUGCGAACUUCUGUGUGCAAAGUUCGACCGGCAUUUUGAGCCGUCCACCAGAUAAUGAAAUCUUCGAAAUCUCUAUGAUCUACUUGUCUUGCAUCAUUGCUGCCGUAGCCAUUAUUGCAAUCUUCCUGGAUCCCCUAAAGCGGUAUGGUGAAAAACGUAAGGGUUCACAAUCGGCACAAGAAUUGUCUGGCAUGGAAUUGCUGUCGGCUACUUUCCGUCAAAUGAAGAAACCAAACCAGCAAUUGCUCAUUCCCAUCACAAUUUUCAUUGGCAUGGAACAGGCUUUCAUCGGUGCCGAUUUCACACAGGCAUAUGUUUCGUGCGCUUUGGGCAUCAAUCAAAUUGGUUUUGUGAUGAUCUGCUUCGGUGUGGUCAACGCUAUUUGCUCGAUCCUUUUCGGUUCGGUAAUGAAAUAUAUUGGACGUCUGCCCAUCAUUAUUCUCGGCGCUGUAGUGCAUUUCACACUCAUCUCCAUUGAAUUGUUCUGGCGUCCCAGCCCUGAGAAUCCACUCAUCUUCUACGCCAUGUCCGGAUUGUGGGGUGUCGGCGAUGCUGUAUGGCAAACGCAAAUCAACGGCCUAUACGGUCUGCUCUUCCGUCGCAACAAAGAAGCGGCCUUCUCCAACUACCGUCUCUGGGAAUCAGCUGGCUUCGUGAUCGCCUAUGCAUAUGCGACAACUUUGUGUGCGCGCAUGAAGCUUUAUGUUCUAUUGGCUGUAUUGGCAUUGGGAUGCGUUGGAUACACUAUUGUGGAAAUUCUGUAUAGAAGAAAGCAACGCAAGCUAAAGAAGCAAGAGAAAUUGGAGGCUGCCGCCAAGGAGAAGGAAGCGGCUGCCGCUGCAGCAGCCGCUGAGGCUAAUGGCCCAACCGAAGUGGAAGAAACAGACGACGAGCUGGAUGAUCUCGAAGAAGAUAUUGUUGUGACGCAUUUCUAAGUCCACUUCUAAACACAAAUACACACACACUUACAAACGCGUGCUCAAACAUGCAUACAACUGCAAAACAAACAGUUGCGCCCUACAUAUCGUCAAACGUAAUGUGCAUAUGUAUGUAUGUACACAUGUGAAAGCUUCUCACAUGUGAAAGUGCUUUGAAAAGCUUGGAACACUGCAGCUUUGGCAAGCUUAUAAACAAGUGUGAAAGCACUUCAAAUCAUUAGGGCACAUACACAUACGAUGUAAGCUUUUGUUUUGCUUUUUUUGUUUCGCCUGAGCGCUUUUAGUGUUGGCGUGUAGGUGUAACUUUUCUUUGUUUUUUUUUUUGUUUUACAAAACAAAAAAAUGCUUUUGCAUGCAAAAGGGCGAAAAUGCAUGCUGCAGUGAAGUGGUAGAGUGAUUAUUAUGUUGCGGCGACUCAGUGUAUGUAGCAAUUAUGUAGUAAAGAAAAUGAAUGUUGGACAAAAAAGUUCGCCUUUCUGCAGCUUUCCUCAGUUGUUACUUUGUUAAAUGUAUGUACUUAUAAAACUUGCAAUAGAAAAGGACACUUUAAAGUUUAAAGUAUUUACAUAAAUAUCAGAACAAGUAAUAACAAAUAUAAUUGAAAGUAAUGUGUUAUAAAGUUUAUUAAAUAGUUAUUUAGUCUAAUAAGUACAACAGAAACAACGCAGACAUACUUACACACAAACACUUACAUUUUAUGUACACACACGUUGACAUAAGAAGAACAAAGUUACACAAAAGCUCACAUAAGCAUGUAAAGUAAGUGCAAUUUGUAAAUAAAUAACUAGAUUGAAGUAAUAAA